AUAGAACUGAACAACUCUCUCCCUAAUUUCUUUCCUCUUUUUGUGGCCUACUCCAACUGCAAACCCUCUUCAUUCAUACACACUCGUGCUCCUCAGCAAUAUGCAGCAGCCGAGCUCCAAGGCUUUCCUUUCCUUCUCCUUCCCUCGGUUCCCGGCAGUAAGACCGUCGAUUCCUUCCUUGUCCUCCAACCUGCGACCAAAUUGGUUCUCCUUUCAAUCGAAAAGGAAAUUGAGGAAGAACCAGCUUGAGGUGAAUUGGAGUCGCUGAUUUGGAUUCCGAUUCAUUUACAUCACAUGCAUGUCUCCUGAAAGAUCAAACUUGAAUUUUCUUUUGUGGCUAGCUAGACACACAGAAUUGAAAACUCCAUGAGAGAAGUCAUAGAAGCUGUGGAGAGAGCUUUACCUCAACAGAAGGGACUCAUCCCUUGCAAAUCCCUUUUUGAGAUGUUACGUACUGCAAUAUCAUUCAAUGCUAAUCAAGAAUGCAGAGAUGGACUGGAGUUGAGAAUUGGGAAACAGCUUGACCAGUCAACGGUCAAGGAACUACUUCUCAUACCUCAUGUCCCGGAAGAAAAGUAUGACACUGAGUGUUUGAAGAGGAUGUUGAAGAUCUAUUAUGACAACUACACGAGCUCGGAGUUCUCGGGUUUCAUUAAAGUGGCAAACCUCAUGGAGGAAUUCUUGUGUGAGGUUGCGAGUGACAUAGACCUAAAAGUGGACACAUUUGCAUCACUUGCGGACUUAUCUGCUUCCGUAUCGAGUGAAGCCAAACGGAGCUCUGAUGGGAUCUACCGAGCCAUAGAUAUCUACCUGGAGAAGCACAUAUAUUUGACAGAAAAGGAGAGGGAGAAGCUGUGUGAUGUUCUGGAUUGCAGCAGGAUGUCAGUUGAAGCGUGCCAGCAUGCUGCACAAAAUAACCGCUUACCCACUAGGUUGCUGGUGCAGAUUUUGUUUGCAGGGCACAUGAGUUUGAAGGACACAAUGAGGAAGGAGAUGAUUCAUUCUUGUGGAGCUUUGAUGGCUGAGAAGAAAGAUGAAGGAGGGGUGGAGUUGAGUGCAAGUGAAGAUGAUGAUCAUGAGGUAAAGGCAGAGAUUGAAAAGAUAGGGAACAAGGUGUUGGAGUUGGAGAAAGAAUGCAAUAAUGUGAGGAUGCAAAUUCAAAAAGGGAGGGAGAGGAAUGAGAAGAAGAAGAUGAGUGUGUGGAAAGAAAUGAAGAGGAAGUUUGGGUGCAUGACCACCAUGCAUGACUGCAGCAACAGCCAUGUGCAGAAGAAGAAAAGGUGCAUCCAAGAUAGUAUGUAGCAGCCCACAUAUGAUCAGACUCCAGCUACCCUUUUCGAAUAAAUUUAGAUGAUCUGUCAUGUUAUUUCGCUGUGGUAAAUUGCUUUUUUAGUCCCUUAACUAUGUCACUUUUGCCAUUUUAGAUCCUCAUUAACUUUUUUGUAUUCUUUAAUAAGGGAUUUAAUCCCUAUAAUGAAUUCAAUCUUUGUUUGCAACUGCAUAUACAAUGAGAGACUAAACAGUGAACCCUUUUGGCUCAAUUAUAACUGAAC